AUGCAUGUUUUAGUGUUACUUCUUCUUAUAGUUGAAUGUUGGAGUUGGGGUAAUAUAAAUGUAGUAAUUGAUGACAAAGGAGGAUACAAUAUUACUAUUGGUCGUCGAGUUUGGCUUCGUUCAUUUCGUACAGCUAUAUACGUCGACAACAAAUGGUAUUCAUCCGAUGACAAUACACUACCAUUAACUGACAUCAGUUAUACAAGUGGUUUUGAUCCAAAUCUCGGUGAUUAUCGAGAUUUUCAAUUAAACUAUGAUCUUGUUCGCGAUGGAAUACAUACGAAAAUCGUUGGUCACAUACGCGAUUGGUAUCGUGCUUUCGGAAUUUCGUUUCAUUUAGAUACUGGUGAUCGACCUUUGACGAAUACCGUCCCUCUUGACAUGGACCAUGUUUGCACAGUUUUUCCAUCGUUUCAUAUUGAACAAAUUGAUCAAAAUGACCAACGAGGUUAUUUUACAUUUGAAGGAGGAAUGUCCGGUAAUGAUGGUAAACAUGCAGGUUGGUGGAAUUCAUCCAGUAAAGUCAUUCAAUCAGGAAUGCAAAGUGGUCCUGUUGUUCUUUUUAAUCUGACUGAACAAGGAGAAGGUGAUAUGUUAGUUCUUUCACCAUUUUCUCAAUUUAUGGCCACUUCAUUAAGUCAAACGAAGAGCAACAUAUUAGAAUUUGGUGUGAUGGGUUCAAUGUUAUCAAUACCAGCUAAUUAUAUUCAUUCCAUGAUGGUUUUUUAUGCAUUAAAUGGUAUCAAUGAAGGAAUAAGAGAAUGGGGUCAAAUCAUGCAAAGCGAAUAUACUCGAACGAAUCAACAUCGUCUAUCUGAUGUUACGAUCAAUUAUCUUGGAUACUAUACCGAUAAUGGUGGUUAUUAUUAUUAUAAUACAGAAAAAGAAAUAAAUUACGAAGAAACUAUGGUUAAUGUUCGUCAUCAAAUUUCACUUCCAUUCCGUUAUAUGCAAUUUGAUUCGUGGUGGUAUUAUAAAGGUAUGGGCAAUGGUGUUUCUCAGUGGACAGCUCGUCCAGAUAUUUUUCCUGAUGGUCUUCAAGCUGUACAUCGUCGAUUAGAAAAUAUUUCGCUCGCAGCACAUAAUCGCUAUUGGGCAUAUGAUACUGUUUAUAAACAAAAUUAUUCUUUUGUUCUUGAUGAAAGUAAUAACAAAGCAUUACCAAUCGGAAAUGAUUUAUUUUGGAUUGAUUUAUUUACUCAAGCACAUGAUUGA